AUGGCUCCCAAGUUUAAGGACGGUGAUACCGUGAUUGCUUUUUCAGGUAAAUGGGUAUCAUGGACUCAUACCGCAGUCGCAUAUGCUGCUUUUUUCAGCGCACUCAUUGUUGGAGUAUCACUCCAUUAUCACAAAAUUGUUCAAAAUGAAUAUUAUGGGUACCCCGAUGAAUGGUUCCCCUCCGUUUCUGCGACAAUUGGGGAUCGAUACCCGGAACGUUCGUUUUUCAUGAUCUUUAUAGCUAUUACAUCUGGUCCUAGGUUUGCCCUCGUGGGUUUAUGGUACCUCCUCACUGCGCGGCCGAAUUCGACUUUACCUAAAUUCGUUGCCUUUGCGGGUGUCUUCCGUACUCUCACAUGUGGUGGAUGGACAUAUGUUACCUCCACGGACGAUCACGAUUGGCAUGAUAUUUUCAUGAUUUCAUAUCUGGUGGCUACUUUGCCGUGGACUUUAGGAUGCCUAGCUCUAAGCCCAGAUAAUGCGCGAGCCAUAAAAUAUCGGAAAUAUCUUGCGGGGUCGUUUUUUGGAACCUUGGUACCAUUGGUUUACUUCUUUAUACAACAUAAAGUUCACAGGGUUGCUGGAGCGUACACAAUAUACGCUUUCUUCGAAUGGGCUUUAAUUUUGUUUGAUGUGGCUUUUGAUGCUGUUACGGCUCUCGAUUUUGAAACUUUCGAAUUAGUUGUCAAAGAUGUCAAGGGUCAGUCUAAGGGAAAAGAAAAGGAGGUUGGUCAGCUAUUCGGUCAAUCCUUUUCAUGGCCCGAAGCUUUUGACGCCGCAUCUGAUGUCUAUAAUGGCUUCGUAUUCUGGUCAAUGUUGACUUCUUUGGGCAUAGUCGUUUGGUACUUUCCUCUAUGGCACAUGGGUAUUUCAGGUUAUGAAAUUAUGGUUAUGUGCACCAUCUCUCCAUUAUUCUUAGGAAUUAGAUCCGUCCGAGCAUUGGUCGUGAAGAAUCUUCGAAUAUGUCAUCUCAUGUCAUUGACUGGAUUGUUCGCUUAUCAAAUCACGAGCCCAGCGCCUAGACUUUUCACCGUUGGAUUUGGGAUUUGGAUGUCAUGUAUAUCUUGGGCAGCCACUUGGUACGCAUCAGCAGGACAGCCGGGUCGCCUCGAAUCGAAGAUAUCAGCCUGGGCCAUCGGUCUUAUCGCAUCAAGUGUUGUUAAGUUUGCGUUCCAUACUAACAAUCCCAUUUGGCCCACUUCACAUGCUGAAAAUGGGGGGUUGAAUGGAUAUGGUCUCACAAUUGCUAUUUUAGCUGUUCUGCGAUCGACACGUCAAAGUCCGACUACUGGGGAUCAAAUUUCAGUUCAAGGUCGUAAGGAAGGGCCAUCACUACUUGCUGGUCUUGGUAUUGGAGGUCUUUUCUUUGGUUUACAUUCUUUGCUAUCCGAUUCUAGCACAAUGAUUCUUUGGGUCUGGGAGGGAUACCCUGUUCGUGGUCCAAUUUCAGCGCCUCAUGGUGCCUGGACAAUCGCCGCAAUGGGAGCUGGUCUCAUUCUCGGGUUAUUCAAUGAGUCUUUGGCGCGUAGCUGGUCAUUAUAUGGCAUUGGUUGUGUAGGUGCUGCCAUGCUCACGCUGUAUAGUCAUUGGAAAGGCUACUAUGGUGCCUUGUUUUUGACAAUUUAUCUCAUGGCUGUAUCCGUUCCAUUGUUAGGUUCAGCUGCACGAAAGAGCCCAGCUAAAGCGUUUGGAGUUGGUUUCCUCGUAUACAACUUCAUGGUUUUAUUCCAUGUUUGGGUUGUGGCCUAUGCCUUCGUUCCAGGCGGUCCUCUUGUCAGAGAACAUACAGACUGGGUCAUGACUGUCACAAUGUUGCUCAUUGGCUGUGGUGUUUUCGCUACCUUCUCAUCUACUCCCGCAGCACAACGAAAACGAUUCAAUGCCUUCUUAAAUCAAAGAGAGCAACGCUUAUACUACCUCUACAUCAUUGGAGCUCUUCAACUCAUCUCUAUCUCAACAGCCUACAUGCGAUUUCCCACUUAUGAUUAUGUUCCUUACCAUAAGGAUGAGAAGAUUUUCACCGCAGGUAUCUGGACCAUUCACUUCAGUCUUGACAACGAUAUGUGGUCAUCCGAAUAUCGUAUGCGAGAUGUAAUCAAAGAGUUGGAAAUUGAUGUCGUUGGACUUCUCGAAUCAGAUCUUCAACGCAUCAUCAUGGGUAACCGUGAUACGACGCAAUUCCUCGCAGAAGACCUUGGCAUGUACGUUGAUUACGGACCAGGUCCCAACAAGCACACUUGGGGUUGUGCUCUCCUCUCAAAAUUCCCAAUCCUCAAUUCCACCCACCAUUUACUCCCAUCACCCGUAGGAGAAUUAGCUCCCGCAAUCGCAGCUACCCUUGACGUAUAUGGAAGUCCAGUCGAUGUCUUUGUCUUCCAUUCAGGUCAAGAAGAAGAUCCAGAAGACCGAAGACUUCAAUCCGAAUACCUAGCCGAUCUAAUGGGCGCUUCCACUAACCCCUCUAUCCUACUCUCAUACCUUGUCACUAAACCCUUGGAAGGCAAUUACAAUACCUACGUCUCGGAAAGAUCCGGUAUGCAUGAUAUUGAUCCCAGUGACUGGGAUAGAUGGUGUGAGUAUAUACUUUAUAAAGGACUUAGACGAUCGGCAUAUGCUAGGAUUUCUAGGAGUACCAUUACGGAUACGGAACUUCAGGUUGGAAAGUUUUUGGUAGGGGAACCCGAGGGAGAGAGUGAUGAGGUGAGGAAUAGGAGGGUAGAGGAGGGUAAUGUGGAGGUCGGGAAGAGGUUUCCGGAAAUGUUUAGAGGGGAGGGGGUGAGGGGUCAUAGGUAUCAUGUUUUUGAUGAGCCUAGGUAUUAUGGUUAG